AUGAGGUUUCCAGCCAAGGAAGGCCUUCUCGUGGCCCUCUCUGCGAGCGGCGUCCGGGCCGUAAACAACGGACUGGCGAGAACUCCCCAGAUGGGAUGGAACAACUGGAACACGUUUGCCUGCUCCGUCUCGUCGACCCUCCUCACCAACACGGCCAAGCUGCUCACGGAAUACGGGCUGCAGGACCUGGGCUACAAGUACGUGGUGCUGGACGACUGCUGGUCGUCGGGCCGCGACGCCGAGGGGAAGCUCGUCGCGGACACCACCAAGUUCCCGGACGGCAUGGGCGCGGUGGCGGAUGAGCUGCACGAGCAGGGGUUUCUGUUUGGCAUGUACUCGAGCGCGGGCGAGAUGACUUGCGCGCGAUAUGCCGGAUCCCUCGAUUACGAAGAAAACGACGCGCAGAGCUUCGCCGACUGGGGUGUCGACUACCUCAAGUACGACAACUGCUAUCAUAUGGGCCGGUUCGGCACGCCCCUCAUCUCCUUUAACCGCUUCAAUGAGAUGGCCAAGGCGCUCAAGAAGACGGGCCGGUCCAUCCUAUACAGCCUAUGCAGCUGGGGCGAGGACUAUGUCCACACUGUAAGUCUUUCCCCCCCCCCUGUCUUGGCUUUCGUCACUCGCAGAACAGUCCGGGAAUGCAAGACGAAGAAAGAAGAAGAAAAAGAGGGAGAGACGGCUAACUUCUUUGUCGCAUCGCAGUGGGGAGGAUCCAUUGCCAAUUCCUGGCGCAUAUCGGGCGACAUUUACGACUCGUUUGCCCGUCCGGAUGACCUGUGUUCGUGCACAAACGCCGCCGACCCAGCCUGUAUCGCCCCCGGCACGCACUGCUCCGUCCUGGCCAUCAUCAACAAGGUGGCUCCCUACAUCGACCGCGGCCUGCCGGGCGGGUGGAACGACCUGGACAUGCUGGAAGUUGGCCACGGCGGCAUGACGGAAGAAGAGUACAAAGCCCAUUUCUCCAUGUGGGCGGCGCUCAAGUCCCCCCUGCUCCUCGGCAACGACCUCCGCAAACUGACGGCCUCGUCUCUCGCCAUCAUCAACAACCCCGCCAUCAUUGCCCUUAACCAGGACCCCCGUGGCCGCGCCGUCCAGCGCAUCUCGCGCGACCUCGACGUGCCCAAGGACCGCCACGGCGUGGGCGAGACGCACGUCUGGAGCGGCCCCCUGGCCAACGGCGACCAGGUCGUCAUCUUGCUCAACGCCGCCGACGCGGACCUCGACAUGACCGUCUCGCUCGACGACGUCUUCAUCAUGGACGGCGUGGGCACCGCCCCGCAGGUCAAGCAAGACUGGGCCAUCCACGACCUGUGGGGUAGCAGCGGCUCCCGCAUGAGCUCGCAUGACGCCCAGGCCCUGCUCGACGCCAAGGAUGCGGAUGCUCGUCGCUCGCUGCUGCAGACCAAGCUCGACUGGUACAACGCGACGGAGCUCCCCUAUGCCCAGGGCCUGAGCCGUCGGGACCCACGGCUGUUUGGCGAGCGGAUUGGCGCCGUCGAGGCCGGCGGCUCGAUCAGCGUGCGGGUGCCGAGACAUGCGGCCAAGGUGUUUAGGCUGCAGAGCACCAGCGGAGAGGAUACCACCAGGAAGAGCCUUCUCAAGGACGAGCUUUGA